CACAAAUCUUGCUUCGAAAUUCGGGUCUUCUCUUACGGCCUUCGCCUACUCCAUUGAAGCAGCUUCAGCUCAGCUCUGUUGAAGAUUAUUGGUUGUCUGUUGUUAUGGCUUUCUCUGGAGGUGCAAGACGGCUUUGUAUAAAGCUUUCACUGGUUAACAGUAGUGGUUAUGGGCGGCAUUUUACUACUUCGACCUGCAAAAGAGCUUCGUCUGAAACAUCAUUUAUUUCUGGCGACGCCAAUUCGCAAUUGGGUAUAGGAAUUUUUCUCAGAAGGUUCAGCAUCGCUGCUUCAGACCAAACGAAUCUUAUAAAGCAACUGAGAGAAAGAACAAGUGCUCCUAUCAAAGACGUUAAAGCAGCUCUAGUUGAUUCCAAUUGGGACAUCGAACUGGCUCAGAAGGAACUGAGGAAGAGGGGAAAGGUUCUCGCUUCAAAAAAGUCCUCUCGAACUGCUGCAGAAGGUUUGCUUGCCCUGGCCCAAAAUGAGAACAAGACUGCUGUUAUUGAACUUAACUGCGAAACUGACUUUGUUGCUAGAAACGAGAUCUUUCAGUUCUUGGCAUUGUCUUUGGCAAAGCAAGCUUUGUUGGUUGAAAAUGCUUCUCAGCGGGCUUCUUGUGGCUUUCAAGUUGGACCAGAAUCUUUGGAGAACAUGGUGUUGCAUCUUGAGCAUCCAAAGAUCAGUGGAGAGACAACUGUUCAAGGUGCAAUCACUGAAGUGGCUGCAAUAAUGGGAGAGAAUGUAAAACUUAGAAGAGGCUUUGUGAUGUCAACACCAUCUCAGGGUGUUAUAUCUACAUACCUCCAUACCAGUCCCCAACCAUGUUUGGGUCGCAUUGCUGGAAUUUUGUCUCUUGAAGUAGGUGAUAUUAAAACUCAACUGGAUGCAAUUCAGCGGGUAGGAUCAGAAUUGGCCAUGCAUGUAGUGGCAGCAAAACCAUUAUUCCUAUCAAAGGAACUUGUUUCUUCUGAAGCAUUAGAGAAUGAGCGUGAAAUUCUUAAAUCUCAGGCUGAAGCCUCUGGGAAGCCUCAGAUUGCCAUAGACAAGAUGGUAGAAGGACGUUUGCGUAAAUAUUUUGAGGAAGUUGUGCUUCUGGAGCAGAAGUUUAUCAUAAAUGAUGCUAUGAAUGUAAAGGCGGUGCUGGAUAACCUAUCCAAAGAAGUGGGUUCGUCUGUGAAGAUUGGAAGCUUUUUCAGAAUGGAAGUUGGAGAAGGAGUUGGAAGGGAAGAAGCAGAUGCAUCCGAACCUGUUGCUCAUGCUGUGUUCAUUUGAAGGCUUUUGCUCCAAACUUCUCAUUUAAGACUUUGGUUAUAAUCAUCACCCGGGAAAGUUGAGGUACAGAAUUCUGUUUUAAAUUUUGCUGCAUAAUGGAGGACGCCACUGCUUUUCUUAGGAAUCACGAUGGUUUCCCUUGUAUUUUUUCUGAGAAGCCUCAGUAGAAAGCUGGUAGUUCAUAGGAAAGUUUGUUUGCAGUGCUGACGUUGAUUAGAUAACGUUGGCUCAGCACUUCAGCUACUUUUUAAAAUCAAUGAAAUAAAAUGAUUAUAUCUAAAAAACAGUGUGCGCCUCCGUUUAUCUUCAAUUGAAGGGAUAUGUCUGUUCAAUUAUUUGAUGCCAAAA